UGAGGCUGCUUGGGGCCAAGGCAUGAAAUACCUGCCUGGGCUUAGCCUCAGGAGCUGAGGCGAGGCACGCCAGCCCAGGCUGAGACUCAUAGGAUGACAGGGGUACACCCCAAACUCGGGAAAACCUCUGGGGCAGGAGGACCCCAAUUCAAGCUGAACCACAAAGACCCCCCAAAAGGCUGAACUGCAUAAAGAGAAGUGAUACCUUCCUGGGCAUAGGGCCCUCAUUUCACUAUCCCCUUACAGAGUGUACCGGGCAAAUUGUUAGGCACCAUGGGAGAGAAUGCUGGAGAAGGGAAAGCACCAGAAAAGAGGAAAGUGCUAAAAAGCAGGAAAGCAAGGGAAAAUUCCAAGGUGAAAGAUGAAUUCCAAGAGGUGUCCAUCUACUUCCCUAAGGACCAAUGGGCAGAGAUGGGAGACUGGGAGAAAACCCGCUACAGGAACAUGAAGCAGAAUUAUGAGUUUAUGGUUGCAUUAGGCCUUCCUACCCCAAAACCUGCAUUUAUGUGUCGUGGUCGAUGGCCCCGAAACCCCAUCAUUUACGACUCUGAGUCGGAUGAAGACUGGACUCCUAAACCUUUAGUUAAAACCUUCAGGCCACCACGUACAUCGGACAGCUUGAAAAAGGAAAAAAAGAAACAGCAAAACAUCAAUCACAAUAAAGAGAGAGUGCUGGAGAAGGCCUCUAAGAAGGAAGCCUCUGAGAAUCUAACAGACACUGAGAAACUGGACAAAAAAUCAGAGGUGUGCACCAGAAUACCUGCCACUAAUGUUGCUGACCUGAAAACUGCUCUACCCAGGGUAGCAGUUUCUAAAGCCCAGGGGCAGAACACCCAAGUUAACACCUACAGCUUGCGAAAGAGGGAGAGAAAAGUGUAUGCUGAAAUAAAUGAACCACAAGAUGAUGAUUACUUAUUCUGCGAGGCGUGCCUGACCUUCUUCACUGAUGAGUGUUCAGUUCACGGCCCCCCGGUUUUCAUCAAAGACCCAGUAGUAGAGACAGGACAGGAGAGGAGAGCAGCUCUCACGUUGCCCCCAGGGAUGAGAAUUGGGCUUUCAAGUAUCCCACAGGCUGGGCUUGGAGUCUGGAAUGAGGCGGACACCCUACCAGUGGGAGUUCAUUUUGGCCCAUACGACGGAAGGAUAACGGAGGAGGAGGAAGCCGCACACAAUGGCUAUUCCUGGCUGAUCACCAGAGGAAGAAACUGGUACAUGUACAUCGAUGGAAAGGAUGAAGCUAAUGCCAACUGGAUGAGGUACGUUAACUGUGCUCGGGAUGAGGAAGAACAGAACCUUGUUGCUUUCCAGUAUCAUGGGAAAAUCUACUACAGAGUGUGCAGGGCCAUCCCGCCGCACUGCGAGCUCCUGGUCUGGUACGGGGACGAGUACGGCAAGGAGCUGGGCAUCAAGUGGGGCACGAGAUGGAAGAGCGCAGCGCCACCCAAAGUGCGUGGGCAGGAGCCACACUGCCAUCCAUGCCCUCGCUGCAGGCUGGCUUUCAGCAGCAAAGAUUACCUCAGCCAACACUUGAAGCAUAAGCACCUGCCCACUGGAUUGCAGACUGAAGAAGAUGCUCUGGGAGGGGAAUCUUGUCCUAAAACUGGAGGUCUUGCCUUCCCGUGGGACCCACCAACACAGCAGCUGACACCAAAUUGCAGCUCUGUGAGUAAAAGUGCACGGGGAAAGAAAGCACCUUUACAAGGACAGAGAGAAGGGGUAGGAGGUAGAGAGGCUUUUGCUUUAUUGUCAAACCUGCCACCACAGCAGUGGACAGACACAAAGAGGGAGCCACAUACACCAAGUGAUGCAGGGGAGGAGCGGGGUGGCAGUUGCAGACAGAAGUGGUAUUCCUGCAGCAAGUGUGGGCAAAAUUUCCACAGGCCAUCACACCUGGUUAAACAUCAGCAUAGUCAUAUGGGAGAGAAAUCCAAUCAAUGUGGGAAGAGGGUCAGCUGUUCAUCCCACCUCGCCACCCACCGCCACACCCACACGGGAGAGAGGCCCUUUCAGUGCCCGGAAUGCGGGAAGAGGUUCAGCCAAUCAUCCCACCUCGCCCCCCACCGCCACACCCACACGGGAGAGAGGCCCUUUCAGUGCCCGGAAUGCGGGAAGAGGUUCAGCCAAUCAUCCCACCUCGCCCCCCACCGCCACACCCACACGGGAGAGAGGCCCUUUCAGUGCCCGGAGUGCGGGAAGAGGUUCAGCUGUUCAUCCACCCUCACCAAACACCACCGCACCCACACGGGAGAAAGGCCCUUUCAGUGCCCGGAAUGCGGGAAGAGGUUCAGCCAGUCAUCCGACCUCGCCACCCACCGCCGCACCCACACGGGAGAGAGGCCCUUUCAGUGCCCGGAGUGCGGGAAGAGGUUCAGCUGUUCAUCCCCCCUCGCCACCCACCGCCACACCCACACGGGAGAGAGGCCCUUUCAGUGCCCGGAGUGCGGGAAGAGGUUCAGCUGUUCAUCCCCCCUCGCCACCCACCGCCACACCCACACGGGAGAGAGGCCCUUUCAGUGCCCGGAGUGCGGGAAGAGGUUCAGCUGUUCAUCCCCCCUCGCCACCCACCGCCACACCCACACGGGAGAGAGGCCCUUUCAGUGCCCGGAGUGCGGGAAGAGGUUCAGCUGUUCAUCCCCCCUCGCCACCCACCGCCACACCCACACGGGAGAGAGGCCCUUUCAGUGCCCGGAGUGCGGGAAGAGGUUCAGCUGUUCAUCCCCCCUCGCCACCCACCGCCACACCCACACGGGAGAGAGGCCCUUUCAGUGCCCGGAGUGCGGGAAGAGGUUCAGCUGUUCAUCCCCCCUCGCCACCCACCGCCACACCCACACGGGAGAGAGGCCCUUUCAGUGCCCGGAGUGCGGGAAGAGGUUCAGCUGUUCAUCCCCCCUCGCCACCCACCGCCACACCCACACGGGAGAGAGGCCCUUUCAGUGCCCGGAGUGCGGGAAGAGGUUCAGCUGUUCAUCCCCCCUCGCCACCCACCGCCACACCCACACGGGAGAGAGGCCCUUUCAGUGCCCGGAGUGCGGGAAGAGGUUCAGCCGAUCGUCACACCUCGCCAGACACCGCCGCACCCACGCCUAGUGGGAAACACCUCGGGGACAACAGCUGUGAGAGCGGGCAGCUGACUGACACGAGGGCUGCACGUCAAUCAGUGGAAGCCAGGGAGCGGCUCCGCACUCCCGGAAGGGGCAGGGCCUCGAGGGGAAGGGGCG